AUGCCCCCUAGGAGUAAAUUUAAAUUUGCUCUGGCCGGAAAUUAUUUCACCAAGUGGCCAAACUCAACUAAGGAAAUACAGGAAUCUGUUGGCAAGAAGCUCAAUUUGAUUGAAUCAGAGCUUGUAAAGGGGGUAAAUCAAGUAACUGAAUUGCUGGAAAGAGACGAGCUUUCAUUUGUUGUAAUUUGUCAUGUGAAGAGAUUCUCAGUGAUGGUACAACAUUUGCCUUAUAUGUGCAAUAGGUACUCAACUUUAUGCAUCGCAUUUGUUGAUUAUUGUACAUCACUAGAGUAUGAAGCAGUUGCACUUGAAAAGUGUAAACUAGAUAAAGUUUCCGUGGGUAAAGAAAUAAUGUCAAUAAUUAGCGCCAAUGUAACCCCAGCGAAUUGUCCUCUUAUAUUGUCUCCUUACAUAAAAUAUACACCAGUGGAGCUUGUUGCAAAGAUAAGGGGGGAUUAUGUACCAAAUGUCGAAGAUGAUAAGAAAUUAAACGAGGAAAACAGUACCUCUCUCAAGUAA